AAAUUGACAAAUCUUGAUAAUUUCUGGGUAAAUAUUUGAGAAUUUUGCACCCACUUGAUAAAAAAUCAAUGGAAAACACUAAUUUCAAUGUCCAAGAAAUGCCAUGAAAUAUUAGGCUAUAUACCAAGUGCAAGCUCAAAGAAAGCCAGGACGCAAAGGACGUAAACCUGGCAGAAAGCCCAUACUUCCCAUCUGUGGCUGCCCCACUAGUAUCAGCUUACAGGAAGCAUUCUGUCCCCCUCCCAAAAGCUGUAGUAAGUUCCCGAUGCUAUGCCCACUGGGAAAGAAGUGCUGUGCAACAUGUAAGACUGCCCCAGGGUCAUCACCAGUAAAGCACUGCCUAACACCAACAAAUCCAAACAAGCCAGGUAUAUGUCCAAAAGUGAUUCAAUCUGCGAGUGUCGCAGUUGAGCUAAUAGUGGCGCCAUUACCAGAAAAACGUGGACUUAUGGCAGCAUCCUCAAGCCGGUGUGGGAGACCAUGUAAAAAUGAUUGCGAUUGCGGAGGAAUUCAGAAAUGCUGUAAGGCGGGUAGCUGUGGAAUGAUUUGCAUGAACCCGGUCAAACCAAAAAACCCAAGGUUCAAAAUUAAGAAAUGCAAAGCAGUGAGUCUGGUUCCAACUAGAGGAAACCCUGGAUUCCCAGGGGCUCCAACUGACUUUGCAGUAGGAUUGGCAUGUUGCUGUAAUGGAGCAUGUCAAAGUUGUUGGGGCAAUUGCUGUACCAUCUCCUCCCCAAACUGUUUCCAAUGUGCCUAAAAGAGAGAGUGAUGUUACCUCACCCAGCCCCAAAUGAAGCAGGGAAGGGAUUCUUCGUACAAGAUCUUUAUGAACAUUUUAAUAACAUUAUAACUUUUUAAUUCAAGCAUUGUUUUUUAUGUUCCUGAUCUCCAACUCCCACUACUUUGUUUCCAGGAAAUGUGAGAUGUCUAUAGGUGGAGAUCUACAAGGAAUUUAAUUUAAAAACAUAACAAUGUUAUGUAGGCCUAUUAAAGAGCAAAACAAUAAAUAUCUAAUACCAAA